AUUAUAUGAGAUUUGAGGUUAAAGAUGGCAGUGCUGAUUUUCUGGGUCGCAACGCCGUCUGGACGUGUGGAAAGUUACUAACAUUUCGAAGUAAUUACUGCUUAUAUUUUCAGCCCUGAAGAUCAUAGAGAAAAGAAAUCAGCACAAUAUGAACAAAUCUGGUUAGAUUAUAUUACAAAGAUAAGAUUAACAACCAGAAGGAACACAAAUAGCUAUACGACGAUUAAAGAGAUUAGCAGACGGAUAAAAUAUUUAGGUCGAAAAAGGAAAUUUAUUGCCCUAACUUCGUUUCUAGAAGAAGACAAAUGAAAUGUCUGAGCAAAUCAGGCGAGGAUAAUAAUAUUAAGUCUGAAGGUCAUUGUGAGUGGAGACGAGUGUCUUUUUUAAUAUUAUAUGUAUAAUAUAGCUCCUGAUUAGGCCUACUUGAAUAAAUUUGAAAAAUCAGACACUGAAAAUCUAGAGACAAAUUCGAGACUUAUGUUUUGUUGUUGAAAAUAGCUAUUUUCUGGGAUAUUUCACCUUAUAUGCUGGUAGAUAUUGACUAACUUUACAGAGAGACUUACUGCCUUCAUCAUCAGGGUGAUCACUAAGCUCUUCUGAAACGUCGUCAAUAUAUCUCAGAAAACAUGGUGCAAUAUCCCAGCUGUUGCCGCGAGAACCUGAUACGUCACCCACUGUUUAAUUUAUUUCCUACAUAAUUGUUUCAAAAAUUUUAAAAAGACUCGCACCAGCAGAAAUGCAUUUGGAGUGAUGGUCUGUAAAUAAAUAAAUAAAAAAUACAUUUCAUAACAUGGAUUCACAACAGAAACAUGCAUACUACACAAAUGGUGAUUUGGUCACCAUGAAAUUAUAAUUCUGUAACUAAUUUUUAUAAUAAAGGAGCAUUAAAAAUUAUGCUACUAAUAAUUCAAGGAAUGUAUUUGCACAUGUAAUAUCCACCUCUGCAGUUCACGUUCUGCGAUUACGUUGACAUGAAUUUGUCUCCUACUACAAUACACGCUCAUAGACAUCUCAGUCUGUGCUCUGUCAAAAUUUCUUGUGUAGGCAAUUCGACGUAUAAAAUGAAAGAACACGUGUGCAUUAUGAGAUUACAUUUUCAGUGUACGAACUAAAGAUCCUCUACUUAUUCAGGCAACAUGUUUGUCUCUUUGACUGAUGUUUGGCACUGUUAGUAACAGAAAUAUAAUUUGUGUGUUGUGUGAUACUUUUAUGCUAACAACUACAAUUUCAAAGAGACGCAAACUGUUAUUUAAACGCAAAUCAGUACGCCACCGGGAGCACAAAAAAGUGUUGGACACUGUUUCUUUUUUCAGCUAAGAACUGCAAAAUACCUCUGUUAUCACUGAAAUCACAAUCAGGAUUUUCUAAUAAUGUUCCAGUGGAAGAAACGUCUUAAGUUGUAAGGUUUAUGUGUAGUGGCUUCCACAAAAUGAUGAAAGUUUUCUGGCUGGGGGGAAGGGGGGCAGCUGAAAUAUGGUCUUCACUAGAAUGCAUAGCAGAAGUCAUAAUGCAGCCUGUGCUACAAAAUAUUACGAAUGUUUUACAAAGUUCAAGUAUUUGGGAACGAAAAUGUGGAAUAAAAGUGAGAAUAAUAUUUGUUUUACAUGAAAGGCCGUAACAGAAGGGAUUAUAUCCGUGGUUCUAAAUGAAUUCACGAAUUUAUCCUACAGAUUUUUCAUUCAUUUAUUUGUUAAAUGAUCAAUAAUUGUACGUCAAUGAUUAAUCAGCAAUGUUAAUAAAGUAAUGUUUAAAGUUAUUUAGCCCAAUAUUAAUGGAUUCGUCUAAUUGCAAAAGAAAGAUUUGUACAAAUCUAUUAAAAUUUCGAAAUUAAGGUUUUCUUGCAAUUCUAAGAAUCGGAAAUAAAGCAAGAAUUCUAUGAGUGACAGAAGACUUCAAAGUUUAUAAAAAUGAAAAUAAUAUCAGAAUAUGAGAAUUAUUCGCAUCUAUAAUCUCAAAUUACUGAAGAUAUGAGUUCAUAAGCAAUUCCAAUAUGUCUGCAGUGAGAUUCUCUGUGUGAAUUUCCUUGCUAGCCACAAUAUUAAACUGAGUUUAAACUAAAAGGCCAACAAGAGGGAGCAAGAUUGUAAAAUGCAAGCGAAAUUCAAAUUUUAUGUUCAAUACAUUUUUCGCAAGUCAUUUGGUUUUCGAGAUAAUUUUUGUUGUUGUGACAUUUCAUAACUCGAAUCCCUGGACAGAUUUUGAUCAAAUGUUGUUCUGUUGUAGGUCCUUGUUCGUCAACCCAACCCGUGUUACGCUGUUUACGAGGCAUUUUCAAAAUUUCGCAUCCGCGGAUUGAAAAUCUAAUGGCAAUAACAGAACAAAAGUGCCAAAUACACAACUGAAAAUACUGCGAGCACUACACCAGUUACGUCAUACGUUUGUCGUGAAGAUCUACUUGAAGUCGUUGAGGACAUAGUCCAGUGACAACCUUCGUUGAACAGCGAACGACACAUUUCUUAGACAGAUGAGAAACUAUUGACGUAUUUCGAAAAAUACUCUUGAGCAAUCGGUAGUGCCUUUUAUGGACCACAAAGAUUCAUUACUAUUUUAAGUGAAACCCGCAGCUGAUAAUUAUCCUGUCAUUUUAGGUCUAAUUUACAUCUUCACAAUCAAUUCCUCUGAGAUUCAUUGUAAAGUUUAUAUUCUCAUGCAUCAUAUAACAAAACAAAAUAAUAAAAUAUAAAUACCAUACUUUAGAUUAUCACUUGUUCAACUGCAUUAGGAAUGGAUGGUAUACGCUAUAACUAUCAGAUUUCUUUCGAUGUUUUUAAACAUAAUUUUGUUCACAUAUUAUCUCCUCUUGUGCACUAAAAUCCACUUUCUUAAUCCUCCUUCACUGUGAUCAAAGCAUACAUGAUCAUGUAAAGUUCGGUCACGUUGUCGUCCCUCUCUUUGGUCUGCUCGCCGCUUUGCUCUUCACAUCUAGCAGCGAGACCAAAUACGCAAAUGCGGAGGACUGUUCUAGUUCUCGAAAGUGAAGCAAGGUCUCUGAAAAUAUAAGUAGCACCGUUGGACAAGUUCCUUACACUUUAACCUUGUUAUAGUUAAGUACCGUUUCUCGGCUUAUAAAUGCAUGUUGGCAUCAGUUUAGUGUCGCGCUGGCCAGAGGAGAGGACACGGGACCAUGAAUGUGCCGUUAUUUGUACUGCAAUGGAGCGGCGUAAUCACAUUGUGUCUAUGCCAUUUGACGACUGGGUCUAUGAUCGCCCUGGAACGUCAACACAGCAACAUCGGCUUGGUGGGAGGUCCCUAUGAGAGCCGCAACGCUAACGGCACGGGAGACAGUCAGCAGCGAAGCCAGUCGUCCAUUUUGGAAGCUGUUGGCCACGGCAUUGGUGGGUUUGUGAACUCGUGGCUGGGUCCUUUAGCUAGUGGCGUGGGUUCAGUAUUGGGAGGAAUCAGCUCCUCUCUCGUCACCAUGACACCUGGAGGGCCAAUUCCGUCCCCAAACAACGCCAUAAUUGAGCCUUUCAGUGACGUCACACCGACUUCCGUCGACAAUGAAGGAAUUUAUGAAAAUCCAUUGCCAGACAGGACGCCAGAAUUCCAGCAUGAUGAUUAUCAGUUCGAGCCCGGAGAAACGGGACCAUCAGCUAUAAGUACACUGGAACCACUUGCGUCGUAACAGGUUUGGGGUGCAACAUACUUGGGGUUACAGAAUAUA